AUGAGGACUCAUCUCCUCUGCUUGGAGUUACUCGCUUUGGCAGUCCACAUACUUGUGGCCAGUGGACAGCUGGAGCCAAAGAAACAAGUUCCCCAGGAGCCUCUCACCGUUACCCAGAAACUAGGGCUCGUGGAACGAGAUGUGCAGGGUGCGGUGCGGCCCAACAGCACCAUGCCCCGCCGCCGCCUGCCACCCAUGUGCACCAGAGCCACAAAAAUCGGAGUCACUUUCAAGUACAUCAACACAGUGGUGUCCUGCCUGGUUUUCGUUGUCGGUAUUAUUGGGAAUUCCACUCUUCUGAGGAUCAUCUAUAAGAAUAAGUGUAUGCGUAACGAGCCAAAUAUACUGAUCGGCAGCCUGGCACUUGGAGACCUGCUGCAUAUCAUCAUCGCCAUUCCCAUUAAUGUUUAUAAGGUUCACACAUGCCUGGCCUGCACUGGAUGCCUGAGGCUGAGUAAAAAUGGGGGAUCCUCAGUGGGGAUUACAGUGCUGAGUCUGUGUGCGUUGAGUAUCGACAGGUAUCGUGCCGUGGCCUCAUGGAGCCGUAUCAAAGGGAUCGGAGUUCCAAAAUGGAUGGCUAUCGAGAUAGCGCUCAUCUGGAUAAUAUCCAUCAUCCUGGCUGUGCCAGAGGCGAUAGCCUUCGACAUGAUCACCAUCAACCACAGAGGACAACAUUUGAGGAUCUGCUUGCUGCACCCCAUGCAGGAAACGGAAUUCAUGAGCUUUUAUAAAUCAGUAAAGGGCUGGUGGCUGUUCAGUGCGUAUUUCUGCCUGCCGUUGGCCUGCACUGCCAUUUUCUACACCCUGAUGACCUGUGAGAUGCUGAGGAAGAAGAAUGGCGUGCAGAUUGCGCUCAGCGACCAUUUAAAACAGCAGAGGGAGGUGGCAAAGACAGUGUUUUGUCUGGUUUUAGUCUUCGCUCUGUGCUGGCUGCCUCUCCACCUCAGCCGUAUCCUGAAGCUCACCAUCUAUGACGAAAAAGAUCCAAACCGUUGUGAAUUGCUCAGUUUCUUUUUGGUGUUGGACUACAUUGGCAUCAACAUGGCAUCUGUCAACUCCUGUAUCAACCCCAUCGCCCUCUACAUGGUCAGCAAGCGCUUCAAGAACUGCUUCAGGUCCUGUCUGUGCUCCUGGUGCGUAACGACAGAGAUGUUAAUGGACGAAAAGCAGACGUGCAUGAAGUAUAAAGUCAGCGACCGAGGCUCCGAACAGAGCAACUUUCGCAUGUCCAACAAGUCAUGGUUUGAAGUAUGCCUGAGUAAAUGAGGACAAGGACCCAUUUGUUUUUAUCUACAGCAUAAUAUGAAGUGUCCUUAAACUCUUAAGAUCUAUUACCAUCAGCGAUUGUAUCAUAUUGUUCCAUACUUGGCCUGUUCCUGAGGCUUUAUGCAUUUUGUCAUUGUAUUAGUGCCUGAUUAUCUUAAUUUGACUCCUUACCUUUGAUGUAGGGUUUCUUUUUUCAAUACAUAUAACACAUAAAAUCAUG